AUGAACAUCAUCAUUGAUGACCGCGACUCGUCGAUACUCUAUACGCCAGCAUGGAUUACUCGCGAUACAGAUGGGAGCCCGCGGGGAAAGCCACAAGAGUUUGCAGGGACGAAUUCGCAGUCCGUAGCUCCAGGAUCUACUGCUUCUUUUACUUUCACCGGCACGCAAAUAAGCGUCUUCGGGACACUCGCGGAUGCAAGACAAGCGUUGCUUCAGUUCACUAUUGACGGGAUAGUGACGCCUCUGUUGUUACUCGGCGUAAACCCUCCAUUCCACCGACUCGUGUUCAAUUCUGUCAUUUUGCCACGCAAACAGCACGUUCUAGUCAUCCAGGACAACACUCUUGGUCCGAGCUCUUUCUCGUUGGACUAUAUAAUCUACAAAACCGACAAUCGGGAUGCUAGCCAGACUGUGCUCCUCGAUGAUCAGAGUCCUGGUGUCUCUUUCGCCGGCGCAUGGCCCCAGAACAAUACAUUUGACUUCAUGCAGCAGACUUCCCACCAUACCGGGCAGGCGGGCGGCUCAGUCAUCGUCACAUAUGACAAUUUCGAGGACAACGACACACUGUCCUUGUUUGGUCCUUUGUCGUCGGCCGACCCCAAUUUGCCCUCCAACUCGCCAUUCUCUGUAUCAGCAUCGAUAGAUAAUGGCGAACCUGUUGAUCUACCGUCACAAAACGCUCCACCUUCAGCCUGA